CCAGGCCCGGUAUGGUGAUCUGACCCGACCCUGCUGGACCUGCUGGACCUGCAGGACCCGGGUCGCCCGUCGACGGCGACAUGGACAAGUUCGGGAUGAGUUUCGGAGGCGGUCCGGGCCGGAAGGAGCUGCUGGAAACCAUCGAGUCCCAGAAGAAGCAGCUGGUCCAGUACCAGACCCGCUUCAAGGACGUGGUCCGGGCCUACAAGAGCCUGCUGAAGGAGAAGGAGGCCCUGGAGGCCAGUCUGAAGGUGCUGAGCGUCAGCCAGGACCUGGACCUGACCCGGCAGGACCAGGACCGGGCCCGGGGGCCCCAGGACCCCCUGGAGGACGGGUCCUCCCUGCACAGCGAGGACAGCCUGGACACGGCCGCCUCCGUGGACGUUCUCAGUGAGACCAGGGGGGAGUCGGGCCAGGAGGACCAGACGGAACCGGGACGCCGGUCCAGCUCCACGCCGGAUGCUGAGAGCAGCGGCGGGGAGGCGGAGCACCAGGCCACGCCCCCUGCAGAGGUGGAGCAUCAGGCCACGCCCCCCGCGGAGUCGGAGCGCCGCCUCUCCCAGCUGAGGGCCCAACUGAGCACGCUCACGGCCGCCAUCGCCACGGUGACGCAGGAGAAGUCGCGCAUGGAGGCCAACUUCCAGGCCGACAAGCGGCAGCUGAAGCAGGAGGUGGAGGAACUGCAGCGGCGGCUGGUCGCCGCGGCGACGCAGCAGGAGGCGGAGCAGCGCGGCCUGGGCCAGCAGCUGGCGGAGAGCCGCGCCCGCGUCAUCACGCAGCAGCACGAGCGCGAGCAGGAGCAGGGCGACCACGCCCAGCAGCUGCGCGAGCUGCAGCGCCUGCUGCAGCAGGAGCGCCGCCUGCGGCAGGACGCCGAGCUGCGGCUGCAGGACGGCGCCGCCGCGCUGCAGCUGGCGCAGCAGGCCGCCGGCCGCGGGGCCGAGGCGGAGGUGGGGCUGGCCCAGGCCCGGGGGGAGGGGGAGGAGCUGAGGAGGAGGCUGCAGCAGGCGGAGGAGGAGAGGAGGAGGCCCGACCCCCGGGUGGAGGAGCUGCAGGAGGAGGUGACGGAGGUGAAGAAGCUGUUCCAGCUGCAGAUGCAGGCCGAGGCCCGCAAGGUGAGCGAGGCGGAGCAGCGUGCCGGGGAGCGGGCGGCGGCGGCCGAGGCCCGGGUGGCCGGUCUGGAGCAGCGGGUGUCGGAGAUGUCGGACCUGCUGGGCUCGGCCGAGGCGGCCCGGCAGCGGGACCAGCAGGCGGCCCGCCGGCUCCGGGACCGGGUCCUGCAGCUGGACACGGAGAACAAGACCCUGGCCCUGGCGGCGUCGGGCCGGGCCCUGGACCCGGGCCCGGACCUGGACCCGGGGCUGGACGCCGCCGCCCUCAAGGACAAGCUGCAGGCCGUGAAGAAGCUGCUGGCGCUGGCGGCCCAGCGGAACCCGGACCAGAACCUGCAGGACCUGCUGGAGGCCGAGUCCGGGCCCGGGUCCGGGCAGGACCGGGCCGCGGCAGCGGCGGCCCAGCAGGAGCUGAAGCAGGUCAGGGACGAGUUCGAGCGCUACAAGCAGCGGGCCCAGGUGGUUCUGAAGAACAAGACCAGCAAGGACGGGUGCCAGACCCGGGAGCUGCAGGAGGCCCGGGACCAGCUGACGGAGGUCCGGGAGAAGUACAUCACGCUGCGGAUCCAGAGCGACGAGGCCGAGGCCCGGCAGCGCCAGCUCCGGGACGCCGAGGUGCAGCAGGCGGCGGCGCUGCAGCAGAACCACAAGCAGGAUCUGGAGCGGGCCGAGGCGCUGCACCGCGAGCAGCUGCUGCGGCUGGAGGCCGAGCUGCACAAGCAGCGCCAGCGCACCACGGCGCUGCUGGACGAGAAGGACGGCGAGCUGGAGCGGCUGCGGCUGGCGGCACCGCCGAACCGUAGGCCCGACGGCGGGUCGGAGGACGGCGAGGCGGAGGGCGACGCCGUGGGCCUGGCACUGCGGCGUGCCGCGCCCACCGACGCCACGCUGCUGCUGUACGCCGAGCAGCUGGCGCGGCAGGAGGUGGAUGCGGCGGCGCUGCGACGCCACAAGCACCGGCUGGAGGAGGAGCUGCACCGGCUGCAGGCCCGGCUGGCGGCCGACGGCGAGCGGCACGGCGAGGAGGCGGCCGAGCUGCGCGGGCGGCUGGACGCGCUGGCGCGGGAGCAGGGCCGCGAGGGCGCCAACGUGGAGUACCUGAAGAACGUCAUCUACCGCUUCCUCACGCUGCAGGACGCCAGCGGCCGCCAGCAGACACUCGGCGCCAUCCUCACCAUCCUGCACUUCAGCCCGCAGGAGCGCCGCGACGUGCUGAAGCUGCAGGGCCCGGCCUGGUGGGGCCCCGGCCGCCGCUGAGGCCCAACAGGAAGUGAUGUCAGGACACAAACAGUGAUGAAGCUCCGAGACCGGAACGACCAAACUCAGAUGCUCCAUGUAUUUUUGAUUCCACCUUGAAUAAACUAUUUUUCCUCUUAU